AUGGUCAUGACUAUGGUGGACUCGUUCAAGCCGGUCUAUUUGUCGGACAGGGCGCGCAUCGUCUUUCCGACGCCGGUCAUAUGCUACACUUCCAAGCUGCCGCCGAAGGACCUGACCAUCGUUGGCUCCAAGUGCGUCGUGGCGGCCUUCUGGGUGAAGAUCUUCUUGGAGAUGGACAGCCCCCGAGCGGACAUGCUGCAGAUGCUGAUGGAGGCCAUGUUGACGGUCACCCUCCAGGUCCAUGCGACGGACUCCAAUAAGCUGGUCGUCGCCAGUCUCAAGCAAAACCAGGACCUUCGCCAGGUCUCCAUGCUGACUUGCGACAGCUUCCUGGUCUUCACGAGGAAGCUCUGCGACCUGGCGGACAUUGAGGGCAAGUCGGCUCCCAAAAUGCUAGAAGCUGUGCACGAGGCCUGCAAAACGAGCGGCUACAACGAGGUGCCGUUCAACUUCAAUGGCUGCAAGGUGGACAAGAACCUCAUGGCGUCCGUCCAGAGCGUGCUGAGGUCUUUGGGGCCGGAGUCGGAGACACUCCUCAAUCGCACCUCGGCCUGCAGUACAAUUCAACAUGUUGCCUGUGUGGUCAUUGGUCUACUGUGGCAUAGUGCGGCAGCUGUCAGAGUGUGCUCGAGGAAUCACUUCGGCCCAUGGUCCGGUCUUGGCCUGCAGCCACAGCCGGAUGAAGGCCGUCUUUCGGCACACGGCAGAGGCGGCGCGGUUCAUGCUGGGCGUCUUGUGCGUGAUGCUGGACAAGAAGGUCUUCAAGGGCCAGGACUUGACGGACGAUGGUCUGGACAAAUGGACUAG